CAAGUCAGGACAGGUAAAUAAAACCACGUGAUUAAAAUCUAGGGGAAAUAUCAUGGAAUUUGCAAUCCCCGCAUAUUAAAUUGUGAAUAUGACAUUGAAAAACUUGUUAGACUAGAUCGAGUAAAUAUGUUUCUUAUACCUUAACCAAACGUACUAAGUUUAAUAGCUCUAUUUAAAUAUUUUCUACAGUAAUACAAGUACCUCUGAAGAUCAUAAUUCACUAGCAAACUACUAGUAGUUAAAACAUCACGUGACCAAUUAUGUUUACUUCACCUGAUACGGAAUCAUUGACGCAAAUGCUAGAUGUUUGAACAUGUACGCACGUUUAAAUUGUUUAGUUAGGUUAUGUAGUAUGUAAAAAAUGUUUGAUUAAAACAUUUUUACUUUAGCAUCAUUUAGAAAGUGACUUCCAAUACGUUUGAGCAAUACUUCAAUGAUGGGUUCCGAUCACAUGCAUAGACGAUGGAGUAAUUUACGAAAAGUAUUAGAAAGAUCUGGUCCCUUUUGUAGACCGGAUUUCGAACCAUCGACAGAAACAUUGCAAUUCUUGUUAGACAAUUGUAAGAUUCUUGUCAUUGGGGCCGGUGGUCUAGGAUGCGAAUUACUUAAAGAUUUGGGAUUGAUGGGAUUUAGACAGAUUCAUGUAAUUGAUAUGGACACAAUUGAAUUAUCUAACCUUAAUCGGCAAUUUCUCUUCCGUCAUAAAGAUAUCAGUUCGUCAAAAGCAGAAAUAGCUGCAAAGUUUAUUAAUAAUAGAAUACCAGGCUGCAAUGUUAUAUCACAUUGUUGCAAAAUACAGGAUAAAGCUGAAGAAUUUUACAGACAAUUUCAUAUUGUCAUUUGUGGUCUAGACUCAAUAAUUGCAAGAAGAUGGAUCAAUGGUAUGCUCUUGUCUUUAUUAGUUUAUGAAGAUGGAGAACUUGAUCGGUCCAGUGUAAUACCAAUGAUUGAUGGAGGAACAGAAGGUUUUAAAGGAAAUGUAAGAGUGAUAUUACCUGGUCUAACUGCUUGUAUUGAAUGUACUUUAGAUUUAUAUCCUCCUCAGGUAACAUAUCCAUUAUGUACAAUAGCAAAUACUCCACGUUUACCAGAACAUUGUAUAGAAUAUGUGAAAGUAAUUCAAUGGCCAAAAGAAAAUCCAUUUGAGUGUGCAAUAGAUGGAGAUGAUCCCCAACAUAUAAAUUGGAUUUAUGAAAAGUCUAUUGAGAGGGCAGCUCAAUUUGGAAUACAAGGCUUAACAUAUAGAUUAGUACAAGGUGUAGUUAAAAAUAUUAUACCUGCUGUGGCAUCUACAAAUGCUGUUAUUGCUGCAACAUGUGCUACUGAAGCAUUUAAACUCGCUAGCAGUUGCAGUGCUUCACUGAAUAAUUACAUGGUACUCAAUGACAUAGAUGGAAUUUAUACUUACACUUAUGAAGCAGAAAAGAAAGAAGAUUGUGUGGCAUGUAGUCAAGUUCCAAAAGAAAUUGAAAUUAAUAGCCCUAAAUUCAAACUGAAUGAUUUGAUAGAACUUUUGUGUGAAAAAUCUGAUUUGCAAAUGAAAAAUCCAGGUCUCACAGCGUACAUUAAUGGGAAAAAUAAAACGUUAUAUAUGCACACUGUAGCAAGUAUUGAAGAGAGAACUCGUGAAAAUCUAACAAAAACGCUGGUCGAACUUGGACUUAGAAAUGGUAGUGAGAUAAAUGUCGCUGAUAUUACUAGCCCUAGUGCGAUUGUGUUAAAAUUAAAAUUUGUAUAUUGUAAUUCAGAUAUGUAAUAAUCAAAAAAUCCUUCAUUUCGUUUAUAAAUUUAUGACUACAAAUCAUUAUAUAUAUUUACAGUACUUAUAUUGCUUUUCUUGUCAAUUUAAAAAAUAAUGUUGACAUAAAAUUCGUCGACAUUAUUCUUAUCGAAAUAAUAAAAACGAAAACAUCUUCGAUGUAAUGUCAUUUUUUACCGAAUUUAUAAAUAGAUAUCACACGAUAACAUUACUUUGAACAUUAUUUUUAAUAUAUUGAUUCGUUCUAAUUUGAUGUAAUUAACUGGUAUUGCUAUUUAUUUAUUUUUUUUUUUUAUAUGGUACUAGUCCUCUUGAUUAUCCUUAUAUAUAACAGAAGCAAGUAUUAAAACUAUAUUAGUUUCUAUGACAUACCUGUUAUAUUAACAAUAAAGACACAGUUGCAAAUAUGAUUCCUGAUGUGAUUCUGAUGUUUCGUUUCUCACUUUCAUCAGAGAUUAUAUAUCAUAGAAAAAUUAGUGAGUUAUAUUAUUCAUAAAAUUCUAUGUUUUUCGAUCAUUACUUUUUAAUCAAUAAGUUUCGUGUACGUUCUAAAUUUCGUUUAGAAAUAGACAGUAUCUUACAGAUCAAUAUAUUAGUACGACUAUUUUGAAAGAGAAAAAAACGAGCAGUUUAAUAAUUCGCGAAAUAUGCACGUGUCAAAAUCGAUACUUGUUAGCUUGUCAUUAAUAUCUUUUUAAUAACAAUUUCUUUCAUAUUAUAUUAAAUUUUAUGUUAAGUAUGAAUUUUGUGCACAGUCCUUUUUUGCGUUAUAUGAACACGUUAUUGAUGACUUAUUUGUAACAAUGGAUUUUUUCAUACCUUUUUCCACCUAUUAAUGUUUAGUAUUUCGUUAAAAUCUUCAUUAAGAAACAUAUCAUAUAGAUCUUUCCAUAUUUAGUUUUUACUUUACUUUAUUUUUAAAUAUAUGGAAAGAUACUUCAAUUAGAGCAAAUGAAGGACAGUGCACGAUGAUCCAAAACGUCUUUUGUUUUACAAGCACACUCGGUAACAUUCGACAUAUGCACAACUUGAGUAGAAAAAAUAUCUAGAACAAAUACAUUAUCUAUCUUCCUUAUAUAAAACUAUUAUUACAUUGUAUCAAUAAUUUAUAAUUUUUGCCUCUUUACCUCGAUAAGACGAAUACUCCCCAAGAAUCUUUUAUUCUUAAUUUUUUUUCUUUUUUAUUUAAACGUGAAUAACAUAAAAUGCUCCUAAAUGAUAGUCUGAAUAUUUAGUGUUGAGUCAAACUGAAUAAGAAUAAAAUAUUUUUUAACGGUUGGGGAAUUCUUACAACGAAACAGUUCGAGGUUCAUUGGCAUUUCAUUGUUUAUACGGAAUUUCAAUGUAGACAUUCUCAUUCCAAUUGUACAAUUCAAAAUCAGAUAUUUCUUUUUUUAUAGUACGAAUUAUUCAUUUACUAGAGACGAGAACUGCGUAAAACCAGCUAGUGCAAAACCAGCAUUAGCGUCAAAAUAA